UGUCGGCGGUCGGCGUCGUGCGUGCGUUGCGUUACCGUAGUCAUACCGUAGUUGUAUUGGUUGCGUUGAAUCCCGUCCGCGCUGGGUUCGACAUGGAGACUAUUUUGGAGCAGCAGCGCCGCUAUCAUGAAGAAAGAGAGCGCCUAAUCGAUGCCCAGGCAAAGGAAAUGCUUCACAGAAAGUCCACAAACAGGGAACAGAUAAAUUCUGACCACCGUCUAAAGAUGCUGCUUGAUAGAUAUAUGGAAUGCACGGCGAACCUGAAGGAGCUUUAUGAAGAUAAAGAUGGGCUUCGGAAAGAAGAAAUAGCAGCUCUCUCUGGGCCGAAUGAGUUCGCCGAAUUUUACUCCAGGCUCAGGACUAUUAAGGAAUUCCACAGGAAACAUCCAAAUGAGAUACAAGUACCGAUGUCUGUGGAGUUUGACGAGCUGAACAAGGCAAGGGAAAACCCGUCAGAAGAAAUGAUGAAUCUUGUGGACUUCACAGACGAGGAAGGAUACGGCAAGUACCUUGACCUUCAUGAAUGCUAUGAAAAGUAUGUCAAUCUCAAAGGCAUUGAGAAAGUGGACUAUCUCUCAUACCUCUCAUCAUUCGACCAAUUGUUCGAUAUUCCAAAGGACAAGAAGAACUCGGAGUACAAAAAGUAUCUUGACUGCCUCCUCGAUUAUCUGCAAGACUAUGCACUUCGAGUGAAGCCUCUCCUUGACAUUAACCAGGAAAUGGAAAAUGUGAUGAAUGACUUUGAGAAGCAGUGGGAAGCAGGAACUUUUCCAGGAUGGCAGAAAGAAGCAGGCAGUGCGUUAGCACAUGCUGGAGCCCACUUGGACCUUUCUGCAUUCUCUUCUUGGGAGGAGUUGGCUUCCCUUGGUUUGGACCGACUGAAAUCGGCGCUAAUGGCAUUGGGAUUGAAAUGUGGAGGCACACUGGAGGAGCGUGCCCAGCGUCUCUUUAACUCCAAGGGCAAACAGAUCAGCGAGCUGGACCCUUCCCUCUUUGCCAAGUCGAAGCCAGGCCGCAACAAGGACUCCGAGAAGCAGAAGGAGAUUGCAACCCUCGAGGCACAACUGUACCGCUUUGCAGAGAUCUUGUCGGAACAGAGACAAGCAACCAAAGAAAAUGUGCAGCGCAAACAGGCCCGUACAGUUGGAGAGCGCGAGGAGUCUGACAAUGAGAUCAGUGAGAGUGAGUCCGAAGACGAGGACAAUGAUGUCAUCUACAAUCCUAAAAACCUGCCACUUGGCUGGGAUGGAAAGCCCAUCCCUUAUUGGCUGUACAAGUUACAUGGUUUGAACAUCAGCUACACUUGCGAGAUCUGUGGCAAUUUCAUCUACCGAGGACCUAAGGCUUUCCAGAGGCACUUUGCUGAAUGGCGCCAUGCUCAUGGUAUGCGAUGCCUGGGGAUCCCAAACACGGCUCACUUUGCUAACGUGACACAGAUUGAGGAUGCACUUACCUUGUGGAACAAGCUAAAAGAUGAGAAGUCAAAAGAGAGGUUUCAGGCAAGCACAGAGGAGGAAUAUGAGGACACACAAGGCAAUGUCGUCAACAAGAAGACAUUCGAGGACCUGAAACGCCAAGGGCUGUUGUGAGGUUGACUGUUCUUCUCUGGUUGAAAAAAAGACUCGUUUACUCACGCAUUAUCAUCGUCUUGUUUGCGAAUCAUGUUCAAUGACAGAUUAAAAAUGGUCAG